AUGAGCGGCGAGUACCCCCGUCCCGUCUCCGCGAAUGCAGCUGCUGGCACGAGUACAGGCAUGCGGGCGGCGGCAGAUGAGGCGGUGACGCGGGCGUGGGUGGGGGGGCUGCGAGUGCUAGUGGUGGACGACACGCCCGUCAACCUCCUCGUGGCCCGCCGCUCCCUCGCCCGCUGGGGGGCGCUUGUGACCACCGCCAACCACGGGCAACAAGCAGUGGACUUAAUCGCUGCUGGCUUGCAGGAGAGCUCCCUCGCCCGCUGGGGCGCCCGAGUCACCACCGCCCCCCGUGGGGAGCAGGCGGUUGAGAUGAUUGCUGCUGGUGUGGAGGGAGGAAGAGGGGAGGAGGAGGGGAGAGGGCAGCAGGAGGCGAGAGGGGAAGAAGCGGGUGCAGUGGUUGGAGAAAGGGAGCAGGAAGUAACAGGGGCAGUUGGUGAACUAGUGAGAGCAGGAGACGGAGGGGCAGGGGAGAUGGUUGACAGUAGGGGCAAGGGGAUGGCGGCUGGGGAGUUGGUUGGGAGCAUGGUUGGAAUGAUAGGGAUAGCAGAUAGUAGAGUUGGCUGUGGGGCGAGGGGAGCGAGAGAAAGGGGAGGGGAUGAAAGAGGAGGGAAUGAAGGAGGGCGUGCAUCAUCGUUGCAGCAUGGCUUCGACUUGGUUCUCAUGGACCUGCAGAUGCCGGGGAUGGACGGUUUCGCAGCGACAGAGGCGAUUCGAGCUCUGGAGAGGAAACUGAUUGCUGCUGCUGCUGUUGCUGCUGCUUCUUUGAGUGCCCAGCCUGUGCCUCUCAGGGUGCCCAUAGUGGCUCUGACGGCAGACGUGGAUCGCGGAGUGGUGCAGAGGUGUGCAGAGGGGGGGUUUGACGGUGUGCUGCAGAAGCCAGUGGAUGCCAACCUGCUCGCCGCCCACCUCUCCCAAAUAACCUUCCACCGCUCCCUCGGGCGGUAG